GUAGGGUACACUCUGUGCAGUACAGUGAUGAAUGGUGACCCCACUGAAGGAGCCUCCCGAAAACAGCGACCGCUAGAUUUUAAUGUUGUUGAGAGCGAUUGUUUCCAUUCUGGGGUUUUCAACGUGACGCUGAAAUCAGUGAAUCUAACGGCGCUUCCCAUUUGAAGAGCAAAGACGUCCGUGCGCGCGCACUGCAUAUCUCAACUUUCCCCGUAUGAUGUGACAGUACAGCGAGCUCGACCUGGGGGGAGAGGGGGGACUCUCCGGACAAUCCACUUUCACUUUUCGGACUAUCAUUGUGUUUUUAUCUAUAUCUAGAUACGUGCAUGCUGGAGAACAGUAUGGACCGUUCAGAAAUCAGAGGGCUAAGGCAUAUGUGAAGAUGACCUUAAAAUCAGCCAAAACAUGGUUUUUUAGACUCCUCCCGGUUGUGCUGUUCUUCAUCUGUUACUAUUGCUCCCAGUUCUACUUAGAGAGCUAUGGAGGCAGCGGAAAGUCCCCUGAGCCUACUGUCUCACUGUGCCACAACUAUCGCUUGCAGAGGAAGUGGGAGAGUCUUAAAUUUAACAUGAGCCGAAAGACUGAGCUCUUUCUAAAGCUUGAGGAUUUCUUCUGGAGGGAACAUCUGUCAGCUGAAGCCCUGCCCUAUGGUAUAAAAGGCAGCGAGCUCCUGCUUCUGAAGGUCUUGGCAGUGAUUUCCAGCUACACAAUGCCAGCAAACAUUGAGAGCAGUUUAGAUUGCAGGACAUGUGCAGUCAUUGGAAACGGCUUUUCCAUAAAAAACACUUCACUGGGGGAGAUCAUUAACAAAUACGACGUGGUGAUCAGGCUGAAUGACGCCCCAGUGAGAGGCCAUGAGGAGGAUGUGGGGAACAAGACCACUUUGCGUCUGUUUUAUCCCGAAUCCGCCUCCUAUAAUCCGGGUAUCCACAAUGACCCGGACACUCUGCUAGUCCUGGUUCCUUUCAAACUACAGGACCUCCGCUGGCUCAAAGAGAUCCUAUAUGACGAGAAGAGGGUUCGAAAGGGUUUCUGGAAGCCUCCUCCCCAGAUCUGGCUUGGCCGGACCAGUCAGAUCCGUGUCCUGGACCCAUAUUUUCUCCGCCUAACAGCCAGCAAGCUUCUGCAAAUUCCUUUGCAACCACGCCGACAACAGAAACCAAUCCAUCCCACCACUGGUAUUCUGGCAGUGUUUGUGGCAUUAAACUACUGUGACGUUGUGCACGUCGCUGGAUUCGGAUAUCCAGAGUCCCGAAACCAGAAACAGCCCAUACACUAUUAUGGAAAAGAAACAAUGAAGUCCAUGAAGAAUUCCUACCAUGAUCUCAACCAAGAGGGUCAAGUCCUUAAGAGACUGGAAGACCAGGGCGCCAUUUUAUAUCUUCAUCCUCAUUCUUGACACCCAACAUGAGCACACACGUAAAAACAUACAUGAGUGCAUGUAAAUACAACACUACAAUAUCCUCAUCUUCGGACUUCACACAAGCCUGACUUAUUUCCAGCUCUCACCCUGCAUUUCUAUGUGAUU